AUACAACCCAUGACCGGUCCACUUCCCCACAUAUUGUCCACGCCCCCUCAUCUAGGGAUACCCAAAGCCAAGAAGUAUGCGUUUCAAACCAGUGGGAGCUAGGAAACGUUUCUAAAGUACUGGGAAUUAAGUGAAUUGAAUUGAACAAUCUAUGACUGAGAACUAUAUAUAUACGAAGACUUGGUUUUAAAUUAUGUUUUUUGUACAAUAUAACUACGAUUGCUUAAAAAAUAUAUAUUCCCAGUAUGUAUGUUUAUAUGCUUAGUAUGCUUAGUAGGCCAAUUCCCUGACAAUAUAGCUCUGCCUCUCGAUUCACCUCAGUCAUCAUCUGGUUCUAGCUCAGUUCGCAGCUCUUUUUAGUUCAGGUUAUAAGUUAAAAAUAAAUACAAGUCGAUACCUAACACGAUGCUUAAGUUUUCGCCGAAGAGUUCGAUCAGCAAGGCAAAGUCGAGAGCACGCGAUGGCCACGUGCCCAGUGUGGCGAGGUACACCAAUUCACGGAACCUGCGUUCCCUGUACAGCAUGGUCCCAGCAAGCAAAGCUGCAACCUUGACUUCCUCGGCCACAGUCAUCGGUGCAGCGGAACCUUCGCGCGUCUGGAACUGCAACAAACCCAAGAAGACGGCGAAUAAUCCCUACAACGUUUACUCCAAGCAAAGAAAGAAGUUAAGCAGCAAUGAGGGAUCCCAGCUGACCAUCAGAGAGUGGGUGCAUCCCCCGAAUCCCGUCAAUCGUCUCAAGGAGGAUAACAAGAAGCGCGACAGGUCGAACAACUACGAGUUCUUCUAUGUGCCCUAUGAUCAAGAGGACCCCACAAGUACACAGAAAAAUGAGCUAUCAGAGGAGACACGUAGCAGAUCGUUCCAGCGCUUGCCGACGGCGGGCGUGCGGUACGCUCUAAAGAUUGCUAAGAUGGCCAGCCUGAUUGAGGAGGUCAAGUCGCGUCCGAUGGCGGACAACGACGGCGAGCUGAAGUAUGUGGAGAAUGGGCCGUUGCUACUGCCGCCGCCGCAGUUCGCCGAGAAUCCCGUCGAGUCUGGGAAGCGCUUCCUCCUGCUCCGCUCCCGCACGGAGGUGCGCUUCUCGAAUUUCGAUUGCGAUAAGUUGCUGUAUAAGUACGCCUGCCUUCUGCCCUUCGUCCGUGAUCCAUCGCAACCAGGUGUCAGGCGGCCAAAGAUGAAACUACUGUCAAGCGGCCGCAGUGCGGAGCACAUCUCAAUUGAAGGCAACAUGUGCACUACUUAACUAGGCACCAUGCCUUUAUAUUAUAUGGUUUUUGUUGAAUUAACAGGGAAAAUUCUUGGGUCCUAUGGAAAUAGUGUAAAGGGUUCCCCCUAGACAAAUUAAUAAUAAA